AUUUUGUCUGUUUUCUACACGACUUUAACUCAAAGACAUUUUCUCAAACAGAUGGUGCUCGCUCCGAACUAAAAACCAGCCCUAAAGUGAGUCUACCUUGUUUUUUUCUCCAAUUCAAAGGAGGGAAAAAACGAAAAACGAGACACGAUAAGCUGAGUGAUGCGAGAGAGAGAGAAACAUGGAAGGAGUUGAGCUUGAACUAGAGAGAAGAAGCAAGUUCUUGAACAGCUUGAUACAGCAGAAGAAGAAAGCUAAAGAGCAGCAGGACCUUAAAGACGAGUUCAAUGUUCGUGUUAGAGCUUCCGACAUGCCUCUCCCUGUGCAGAACAGGGCUUUCAGUUUGUCCCGUGAGCUCUUGAAUUCCACGCCUGGUAAAGCCGACAACAAAAGACUCGCUCUUGCCCUUAAAAAGGACUUUGAUUCUGCAUAUGGCCCUGCUUGGCACUGCAUUGUUGGGACCAGCUUUGGCUCAUACGUCACUCAUUCCAUAGGAGGGUUCAUAUAUUUCCAGAUCGACAAGGUUUAUGUUCUUCUAUUCAAGACUGCUGUGGAACCCUUAGAUCACCAAUGAGAAAGUUCAUCUAAUUCUAAAAAAAAAUGAGAAUCUGCAGUUAUUCCUUCCCUUUUGAUUCCUCUGUCAUGUAUUCAGUUCAAACUACUUAUUCAAUGUGUUAAUCUCCCAAAGACUAAAUCUUUGAUACAAAUCAAGAAUAGGUAUUGUGACUCAUCAUAUUAUGUAUCGUUUUCGCCAAAAAAAGAAUGCUGACGUAAGCCUGUCUGUUUAGUACAUAAUGAGUUUGGUAA